AUGCUCUCCCUCUGCCAGACGUCUGCGACCACAGCGCGCGCUGCUGCCCCCCGGUACUCCGCGAUUGUUCGCUGCUAUCGUAGCAAGGUGCACGUUUUGCCUGCUACCGUCGGCGUAAGCAUUCGAACUCCUGUAGCUGCUCGUCGCGCGUAUUCGACGUCACAGCCCCUCUCUGCCGCUGCUGCCACCUCAAAGCAGUCGUCCGCUCCUACACCGGUACCAAAAGUUGCGCCUGCCGAACCAUGGAGACGACACAUCAGUCCGGAUGCGGCCACGCCGACUGUCUAUACCUUCUUUGAGAAGAUAACAUCGACUUGGCAGUACAUUGUGGUCGACCCGCACACAUCUGAGGCGGUUAUAGUGGAUCCGGUGCUGGACUAUGACGCUAACGCUGGGGCGAUAUCUACUGGCACAGCAGACGGCCUCCUUGCAUUCGCUGAGGUGGAGGGUCUCAAAGUCCGCCGCAUCCUCGAGACACAUGCCCAUGCAGACCAUCUCACUGCGGCGCAAUACAUCAAACAGGAACUUGGUGGCGACAUCCCGGUAUGCAUCGGGAAAAGGAUCUCACAGGUGCAGAAGACAUUCGCGCCGAUCUACGGGUUGGACGAUCCAUCCGUGUUCGAGAAGACAUUUGACUGCUACUUUGACGACGACGAAGAGUUCAAACUCGGUCAGCUGUCAUGCUGUGUCAUCCACCUACCUGGCCACACUCCCGACCAUGUCGGCUACCUGAUUGGCAAGGCCGUCUUUACUGGUGACUCCAUCUUCAACCCCGACGUCGGAUCCGCACGAGCGGACUUCCCGGGUGGAAACGCUGAAGACCUCUAUGCUUCAAUGCAGCGGUUGCUCUCGCUGCCUCCGGACUACCGCCUCUUCGUCGGGCACGACUACCCGCAGAACCGCGACCACACCUGCUGGUCGACCGUCGAGGACCAGCGCGUCGCGAACAAGCAUCUGAAGCUCGGCACAGACAAGUCUGCCUUUAUCGAGUGGCGCGAGCAGCGCGACGCUGUGCUCGGUGCGCCGAGACUUUUGCACCCAUCGCUGCAGGUGAACAUACGUGCGGGUAGACUGCCUCCGGCGGAUGCCAACGGCCGCGUGUUUUUUAGGAUUCCGAUUACGUCUUCAAGCAAGCUGUGA